CGACAACUCCACGAACAAGACACACACACAGAGACACACACGCACACACGCACACACGCACACACAGGUCCUCAGAGGCGAACAAAAAAGAAAGAAAAGAAGAGUAGAGAAGAGAAGAGUCGCAGCAGUUUCGCGUGUGUCUGAUGUGACGCCAGCGGGCUGGCUCAGGGAACGCAGCCUCAAUACGAUGUAGACGCCAGAAAACCAGACGGAACAAGAGUCUGAAGACCGAGCCGACGGAAGGAGGUUCGACUUCACAGGAGGAGGAGGAACAGCUGUGGCCGAACGACACCGGCAGGAGAUAAGAAGUGAAAAGGAGAGCAGACGACGGGAGAGGGGUGGGGGAAAGAGAAAGGAAGGAGCAGCCUGUGAAUCAUUGACGUGAACCUUUGACAUCGCGCCCGCCGGCUCUCUCCGGGUCUCUUCGGAGGCUCCAGCCCGCCCGGCCGCCAUGUGCCACGUCAUCGUCACCUGCCGCUCCAUGCUGUGGACGCUGCUGAGCAUCGUGGCCGCGUUCGGGGAGCUCAUCGCCUUCAUGAGCACCGACUGGCUGGUGGGAUUCCCCCGCACUCCGGACGCCGUCUUCAGCCCCCACGGGGCCACGGCGGCCGGCGAGGCUUACAGGCCCACGCUGGGCAUCUACGGCCGCUGCAUCAGACUGCCCCACCUGAAGCGCGGGAUUCUGUGCGGACCGUACGCCGUACACUUUGGGGAGAUCGCCAGCGGGUUCUGGCAGGCCACGUCCAUCUUCCUGGCGGCGGGGAUCCUGCUGCUGUGCGCCGUGGCGUUCAUCUCCGUCUUCACCAUGUGCUUCCAGAGCAUCAUGAAGAAGAGCAUCUUCAACGUGUGCGGACUGCUGCAAGGGAUCGCAGGUCUGUUUCUGAUCCUGGGUCUGAUGCUGUACCCCGCCGGCUGGGGUUCGGACAAGGUCCAGCUGUACUGCGGCACCGACGCGGCUCCGUACCGGGCCGGGCUCUGCUCCAUGGGCUGGGCCUUCUACACCGCCAUGGGCGGCACCGUGCUCACCUUCCUGUGCGCCGUCUUCUCCGCGCAGGCCGAGAUCGCCACGUCCAGCGACAAGGUCCAGGAGGAGAUCGAGGAGGGGAAGAGCCUCAUCUGCCUCCUCUGAGGCACCCAGGUACUUUGGCCCUGACGUGGGGAAAAGAAGAAGAAGAAGAUGAAGAAGAAGGAGAAGAAGAAGAAGAAGAAGAAGAAGAAGAAGAGACACCUGUCUUCUGUCUUUAAUAAGGCUGGCCUGUGAAAUGGAGGCCCCUGCAUUGUUUACCACUAAAACCGACUCUUUGUUUGUCUCUGUUCUCUGUUUACGUGGGAGAAGUCCACGAGUGCCAAGUUUUCUUUUCUUCUCGGCGUGCGUCUUUGUCCUCGUGUUCGUCGAGCAUGUGGGACGCCCAGUCUGUCGCCACAUGUUCUGUAAAUAAGUGUGAUUUAUAUAUAUGUGUGUGUGUGUGUUGUACAUAGCGAUUGAUCGCAGAAUGAUUGGCUGAUGAUGAUGUCACUCUUGCCUCGAGAAAACAAAGAAAAGAAGAAAAAAGUACACUGAUGUUGAGUUUUUGUUGUUGCCGCCAGACCAACGAGCAGCAGACCUGUUGCCUGUCUGCCACGUGUGAGCGUCAACUCACCAAGGGAACCACUACUCGGAAUGAACUCCAGCUCAGAGCGGGCCGCCCCCUUUUUAAAGCUUCCAGAAUGGACUGUUGUCCGCAGACUUUUUAAAAUGUAUCGACGGAGGAAAUGAUCAUGCACAAUGAAGUGAGCUUAAGCCCCCGUGCACAGGGGUCUCUGGGUCUGGUCCCCCCCCCCCUCGUCCAUCCAGACCUCCGGUAUUCUGUGCACAGAGUCGUGGACGUGCACGAGGAAGAGGACGUGGCGGGUGGAAGUGACGCCUGGUGUCAGGAAGUGUGUCGAGUCGUAGAGAGAUUCUGCCAAAACGAAUAAAGAGAACGGAGAAAAGAAA